GCCAACAGCUCAUCAGCAUUCGGCGCCAAUCACUCCAUGGCGAGACUAGCGGGACUUCCCUUCCUUCUUCUCUCCCUCCUCGUCGCCGCCACCGCCCACUCCAGCGGCGGAGCAGGGGAAGGCGCCGUGCCGCUGAGCUGGAUCCCGAGGCUGUCGACGUGCCAGGGGACCAUAGCGGAGUGCCUCGGCGGGGAGGAGUUCGAUCUGAGCUCCGAGGUGGCCCGCCGCAUCCUGGCGGACUCCAACUACGUCUCCUACAACGCCCUCAAGCAAGACAGUGUCCCCUGCUCCCGCCGUGGCGCCUCCUACUACAACUGCCAGCCCGGCGCCGAGGCCAACCCCUACUCCCGUGGCUGCUCCGCCAUCACCCAGUGCCGGAGUUAGCGUUCUCUCUCUGUGUGUGUCUCCAUUCCGACCUCCCCCGUUCUCUGUUUCUUAGGCGAAAAUAAAAGGGAGACAGCUUAAUUUGGUAUGCGAUGUUGUUGCCGCCGCUGUUGUUUUAUUGUCACGUAAAGCAUGUUUUUUUAUAUGUCAUCUGCGUAAAAAUAAAAAUAAAUUCUGAUUA